AUGGGCGGCCUGUGGCCCGCGGGCGGCGGCCGAGGGCUGCAGCUGCCGCUGCCGCUGUUGCUGACGGCGCUGUGGGCGGUCGCUGUGGCGCUGGAGCUGGCUUACGUAUUGGUGCACGGGCCCGGGCUGCCGGCCGCGGGGCCCCUGGCGCGGACGCUGCACGUGCUGCUGGCUGCCUUCCAACUGCUCAACCUCUUGGGCAACGCGGUUCUCUUCCUGAGCCGGAACCCGGGCAUCGGCGGUGUGCUGCUGGCUGGCCGCGCCGUGGGCCACGGCUGGGAUUACUGCUACCAGUGCCAGAGCCAGGUGCCCCCGCGCAGCGGGCACUGCCCAGCCUGCAGGGUCUGCGUCCUCCGGAGGGACCACCACUGUAUGCUGCUGGGGCGCUGCGUGGGCUUCAGCAACUACCGGCCCUUCCUGUGCCUCCUGCUCCACGGCCUGGGCCUCCUGCUUCACGUCACGGCCCUGCUGGGCCCGGCCCUGGCCUCUGUGCUGCGGGCCCACUCGCCACCCCACGCCCUGACGGUGCUGCUGCUGCCCUGGCUCAUGCUGGUCACUGGUGGCAUCACCCUGGGCCAGUUCGCCCUGACCUUCGUGGCAGACACGUGUGUGGCCGGUGCCCUGCUCUGUGGAGCCGGGCUGCUCUUCCACGGGCGGCUGCUGCUGCGGGGCCAGACCACCCGUGAGUGGGCCCACGACCUGCGCCUGUACGACCUGGGCCCCCGGCAGAACUUGCGGGCUGCCCUGGGCUCUCGCUGGGCCCUGGUGUGGCUCUGGCCCUUCCUGGCCUCUCCACUGCCCGGGGAUGGGAUCACUUUCCAGACCCAAGACUGAGGAGGAAGCCAGCCCGGCUGGGGAUCACAGACUGAAGGAGCCUUGGGGGGCGUCCCGGCUGCCUGAGCUCUCCAGGUUUGGGAUCAGAUUCUCCGGGUCCCCGGUACCCCGGCCCCCAGCCUCUCUCCCUGCCCUGCACCUCAGAGAUCCCCCCCAAAGCCCCAGUGGGACUGUUGGCCUCAGCUGGAGCAGCUGCGGGGGGGCUGCUCCAUUUUCCAUUGUCUUCAUCUUUAUUUUACUUGGGGAUCUGGUAGGUCCUCCUCUCGGUAGCCUCCCUGGCCUGCUGCUGGGUGGGAGCCUGCUUGGCUGGCAUCAGUAGGAUCGUUGGAGCUGGACAAGUCAGGUCAUUUAGGCUGAUCCUCUUAUUUAACAGGCCCAGAACCAAGCAGGAGAGCAGGAUUUGAACCCAGGCCUGAGCAUGGUGGGGGGGGCAGUCCCAGCUGGGCAGGGGACUCCCACAGAGGAAUGGGUGGCUGACACCUGCAUGGUUGAGGCAUGCGACAGGCUCUGGGGAAGGGGCUUUUGUGAUUUCUGAUUUACAGAUGAAAUAGGCUCAGAGAGGUCUAGGGACUGGCCGAAGGUCACCCAGCUCAGAGGCUUCUGGAGCAGGAGCCACGCAGGGGCCUUCCUCCCUGCAGGGCUCAUCCUCCAGCCCUGGGCGGCACUGCCUCAGCUGUCCAUUGGGAGUGACCGCUGCCAGGACUGUGAGGAGGAGAGCAUCUGGGGAAGUUGUGUCAGGCUGCCGAGAUGGGCGCGAGGCCCGGCCUCUCCGCUGUGUGGCCCAGCCCUGCGAGGCUGGGAAGCUGGAGCGCCUCCGCCUGCUUCUUGGAGACCCUUAAUAAGGACCCCAAGACUGACGGAAGGACUUUUCUCAGAGAUGUGCAUCUCCCGUAACCCCUGCCUUAGGUGAACCCUGGCCUCCCCUCCCCUGGGCACUUGCCGUUUCCUUGUUCCUUUGUUUCCAGUCAGCUGGGGGGAGUGGGGCGCCUCCUGAAUUCAGGGCCUCGGCCCCCUCCCCUCGCCCCUUCCCCACGUAGAAAGUCCCUGGUCUUUCCUCCACUAGAAAUCAGGCGGCCGAUUGUGUCGUGGCCUUCUUGGAUUGUUUCUCAUGUGUCAAGUCCAUCUCCCCCGUGUUUGGGAUCCGGCCUUCUGCCAGGAGGGCCGGACCCCCAUUUGUUAGGCAAUUGGCAUGCAUUGCUUAAUAAAUUGAAAUGUUUGGAAGCUCAAA